AUGCCUCAUCUUCAGGACUUUGCUGGAGCCAUUUUCACCAAAGCUGUUUUCUCAAAGAUUGAUCUGGUGCGUGCUUUUCAUCAGAUUCCAGUCGCUUAUGAGGACAACCCUAAAACCGCCGUCACCACACCCUUCGGUCUCUUUGAGUUCGUCCGCAUGCCGUUCGGUCUACGUAAUGUCGUCCAAACGUUCCAUAGGUUCCACGACCAUGUCAUACGUGGCCUACCAUUUGUGUUCGCCUACAUUGAUGACCUCUUGGUGGCCAGCCGGAAUGAAGAAGAACACAAAGAUCAUCUUGUUUUGGUGUUUGACCGCCUUGACAAAUUUGGCAUUGUCGUCAACACCUCCAAGUGCGUGUUACGUGUGCCGUCGCUGGAGUACCUCGGCCAUCAAGUCGACUCCGAAGGUUUGCGUCCCCUCCAAGGUUGAAGCAGUUCGUAAUUUUCCUCUUCCAACCUCCAAGCGUCAGUUACAGCGAUUCCUCGGCAUGGUCAAUUUUUACUGUUGGUUCCUACCGAACUGUGCUGACCUGAUGUUGCCGUUCACCAACAUGCUUUCUGGUUCCAAAGGUCCCCUCGAGCUGACAGUUGAAGCACGGACUGCUUUUGAGAGAAUUAAGAAUUUCCUUGUCAAUGCCACCUUACUCACGCAUCCCGCUCCCGAAGCUCAGUUGUCCCUGAUGGUAGAUGCUUCGACCGUAGCUGUAGGUGCAGUCCUUCAACAACACCUUGCUGGUUCGACUUGA